UGAAAAUAAAUAAUUCAGUUUUCCUGAAAGAAUAUUAAGAACACUGGGAAUUAUACAUUAAUUUCCCUAUUUAAAGAAAUACAGUGUACGAUGUGGCGGUCACGAAGUUCUCUUGAAGAAUGGGAGAGGAGAAAAACUUAUUUAAUUCGAAGUUUAUUUGAAGACUUGCCUGCUCUUUCUCCGAUCUAUGAACAGCAUGAACCAAUUUCUCCGUCGUCUCCGAGCUACUUCAUCAGGGCUGAAAGUCCAUUACCAGAUUUGAUUAUAGAAAUAGAGCCAAGAAAACCAAAUCUACACGAUGACCCCGAUGAGGUUUACGAAGAAUUAGCUAAAGAAAUGAGACGCCUUUAUAAGAGGGACUUCUUAGGCGUUGCAUCUCGUACAAGUAGCUCUGAAAUUGAGGAAUUCGAUGAUAAUAGUCCUACUGGAACAUAUGAUAGUUCUUCUGGCCAACCAGAAAGUGAAGAUGAACUAAAAGAAGAUAAUCAAACAAUUAUCAUUUCGCAAAAUGACCAAAUAGACAUACAAAUAGAGAACUCUUCUCAUGAGAGCUCUGAUGCUGAGAUUGUUUCAGAAACGGUUCUAGCUGAAGUUGAAAUACAUCCACGGAGUGAUGAAAAUGAACAAGGAAGAUAUAUACCGUUCAGAUUAUUCCAGAGCCUUCAGCCGAUACCCGAGUUCGAUGAGCGUAGCUUAAAUGUAUCAAAAACAACCCUGGUCAUCGAAUCCAUGGAUGAGCGAGAGGGAGAUAUUGGCGUAGAAGAAGCUUCUGUGACAAAAAGUUUUGCAAAAGAUUCAGAUGCAAGUUCUAAACACAGCAGUUCACAAGGCAGUCUUAAUCACUCAUUUGGCUCACCAGAUAUAAUAAGACAAGGAGAGCCUUUCACUUCUCUGGGUACGCCAGUAGAUCCGAAACAAACGGAAUCUAUCAUCAGAGAAACAAAACGAACAGAUUUUAGCAUGGAAUUGAAAUCGGAGGAGUAUUCUGGAGAUGUAUUAUCAUCGGAUAGAGAAUUGGAGUUGGCUGAAAGUACAGCUUCCGGUGAAAAUCUCUUAUAUUUAACAUCAACGCCUAGAAGAAAGAGAAAAUCAGAGAAACCUGUAUAUACCAGAGAAAGAGAGCAUAAACGGCGUUCUUUGUCGAUCUCUUCUCCUAUUUCUGAAGCAAGCGCUGCAAACGCUGCCAUACAAACAUCGUUCUCGGACGGAGAUCCGGAUUGGACUUUUUUUUGGAGUAAUUUUUUCGUAGGAGCACCUACAGUUUAUAAUAUUUGCUCUUGUGACAAUCAUGUUUGUUCUUAA